UUUUAGACACUAAUGGCGGAUGCUCUAGUGACUUAUAGUGAAAGUGAUUCUGAAGGAGAGUUGGGAGAGGAGGUUGAGCUACAGUCCGAGUCUGAUGAUGAUGACAUUGAUAAAGUUCCUGAAGAAAAAUUACAAUCAUUAGAGUUCAACGUAUCUCUACGUGACAUGCUUUGCAAUCCUCACCUGAGGAAAGUUCUCACUGGACUAGAUAAACAUCCAGACCCAGCCUCCAUUCUAGACCGGCUAAUGGAAGUACCAAUAUUUAAAGAAUUUGCUGACGAAUGUCUCAAGAUAUGUGGAGAGAGUGAGAAUGAUGCAUAGAUGUUCAGUAUUGUGACUAUCGUGCAACUUGAAAUUGACUUAUUUUCAUUUUAACACUUAAUUCUCAAAAUUUCACUUACAUUAUUGAUGAUUGAUAAUGAUAACAUUUAA